CUGUCUCUCUCUCUCUCUCUCUCUCUUUUCUAAUAUCUGUCUGUCAUUUAUAUUCCCUCACACCAACUCGGCUCAAUUGGGUAGCAAACCUUCUUCGAAACUUUUAUUCCUGUUCGACCAGUCGGGGCUCUUCGAAUCCCUCAGAAAAUAUAUAUAUAUGGCUACAUCAAGGUUCCAAUCGUUCUUGAACAGCCCUGUUGGCCCUAAAACAACUCAUUUCUGGGGUCCUAUUGCUAAUUGGGGUUUCGUUGCUGCGGGUUUGGUGGAUAUGCAAAAGCCCCCUGAGAUGAUUUCUGGAAACAUGUCUUCAGCGAUGUGCGUUUACUCUGCAUUGUUCAUGAGAUUUGCCUGGAUGGUUCAACCGCGCAACUAUUUGCUACUUGCGUGCCAUGCAUCAAACGAGACUGUACAGCUCUAUCAGCUCUCACGUUGGGCUAGAGCCCAAGGGUAUUUAUCCUCCAAGAAAGAAGAGGAGAAACCGUCUCAGUAAACCAGAACGAGGAAAGUUUUCUUCAAUGAUCAUUCAGCAUUUGUUCUUGGGAAUUACUGAAUCCAUCGUUAUUUAUAUUUCCUUUGAAACGUGUUUGUGUUGUGUCCCCAAGAUAUGGUUGCUUCACUUGCAUUUAUCCUUUUUGUUUGAUAAGUAACAGCUUGUAAUAAAAUUUGCCAAUUUGGGACCACUCCACAUCUCGUUCACACACAAUGCAAAACUCGAAAAUA